GUUUGCCUCCCAUCAGAGGACUCAGAGUUUAAGGCUCCUCUCCCAUAGAGCAACUCUCCACAACCCAAGCAGACCAACUUUGGGACUUUGAAUGAACAUAUUUACAUCCACCUUUCUCUUCAUGUCGACUUUUCUGGAAACAUUCACACGGAUGCCAUGGUUACUCCUACCACGAUCUUACAGGUGAACAAGGUGAUGUCCAUCUUGUUUUAUGUGAUAUUUCUCACUUACCUUCGUGGCAUCCAAUCUUCCAACAUGGAUCAAAGGAGUUUGCCAGAAGAUUCAAUAAAUUCUCUUAUUAUUAAACUCAUUCAGGCAGACAUUUUAAAAAACAAGCUUUCUAAGCAGAUGGUAGACAUUAAGGAAAACUAUCAAAACACGGUACAGAAAACAGACACUCAGCAAGACAUAGACAGAGAGGAAAAUGUGAAAUCAGACUUCCAGCCAGUUAUCUCAGUGGAUACAGAUCUCUUGAGGCAGCAGAGACGCUAUAACUCUCCCCGAGUCCUUCUGAGUGACAACACGCCGCUGGAGCCACCGCCACUGUACCUCAUGGAGGAUUACAUCGGGAAUUCUGUGGUGGUGAACAGAACCUCCCGGCGGAAGAGGUACGCGGAGCACAGGGGCCACCGGGGUGAAUACUCUGUUUGUGACAGUGAAAGCUUGUGGGUCACGGACAAAUCCUCUGCCAUCGACAUCAGGGGACACCAGGUGACUGUUCUGGGAGAAAUUAAAACAGGCAACUCUCCAGUUAAGCAAUACUUUUAUGAAACGAGGUGUAAAGAGGCCAAGCCUGUAAAAAACGGCUGCCGUGGCAUUGAUGACAAGCACUGGAACUCCCAAUGCAAGACAUCCCAAACUUAUGUCAGAGCACUGACUUCAGAAAACAACAAACUGGUGGGCUGGAGGUGGAUACGGAUAGAUACCUCCUGCGUGUGUGCCUUGUCCAGGAAAAUAGGAAGAACAUAGAUCUGCAUCUCUUUGCUAUAUAAAUUAUUACUUUAAAUUAUAUGAUACGCAUGUAGCAUAUAAAUGUUUAUAUUGUUUUAUAUAUAUUAUAAGUUGACCUUAUUUAUUAAACUUCAGCAAAUCUACAGUAUCUAAGCUUUCUCUCUCAAUAAACAAGAGCAAAGGGUGUGUGCCUCUACUGUGGCCAACUCUGGGGUUUUUUAGACUAUGUUUGUGACACUGCUUGUCGGCAGCAUACAUUUACCUUCCUGUAAAAUCUGUAAAAUCAGUAUUUUUCAUUCAGUAUUGUCAAACCAGUGACUGUCAUUUAGUAAACUUGUAAAGAAUCAGAUCAAUCCCAAGAGUUGUGUACAUAUUUAUAUUCCCUGCUCUAUACAUUCAUAUUUAAUUGGGUCUGCAGUGUUGACUCCUCACCACCAAAAAAAAAAAAAAAAAAAAAAAAAGGACCAAAGGACCAAAAUACAUGUUGUAGCCUGCAGAUGAUGUCAAAUUUUCAGGCAUCAGGUGGCCCUAAAAUAAAGUUUCUGUGUACUACACCAGUUUUGCCAGUGAAAUGACCAUUUUCCCUCUGUUAGCAAUUCAGAGAGGCUGCUAGUAAUCCAGAAAUAUCCAUUCGUGUUUAGGAAGCACAUUUGUUUUGUAACUAUAUCUAAUGCUGUCAGUGCGUUAUUGAAAAAAUAUGGAAAAAAAUCUGAAAUAUUUGUAGCCAAAACUGGCUGAAGUCAAGAACUGAUCUAAAUGGAUCAUUAAUAUAUUACAUAAAAGAUGGUUUGUUGUGAUCAGCCUCUUCCUCCUCACAUGAAUCAAUUAUCUUCUGCUUGCAUUGUUGGAUCAUACCUCUCUGUCUGAAUUUUUAAAUUAGAAACAAAGCUGGUGGUGUCUUAACCUUAAAAGAGUCCUUGCACAUUGUAGUAAAAAAAGAUACGAUAUCCUGGCAUGGAUAUCAAAGCCACACACCGGUACGAGGGUUUCCUUCUCCUCAGCAAUCUGUUCUCCAUCUUUCACAGGGGGAAAAAUGUGUUGAACUCGAGAAACCUGAUACCUUUCACAGGAAUGUGAAAUGGAUGGUGGCUAAAAUCCAUAAAGUCUGUAGUUAUACUGAAGUUCCCCAAUUUAACAUAUGAGUUGUUGCUUAGGAGAGACAAAUGUGCUAGCAUGUAUUUUCCUCAGACUCUUCUGUGGAUUGUCAUGUAGCUCCACUAGGGACAGUAAUAAUAAUACUACUUGAAGAGAUGUCCCUUUACACAUUAGCUGUGCAAUGCCCUGGUUGGGAUCCCACUCCUAGGAAGCAAAUGAGUGUUCAUGGCUAGGAACAGAAUUCAGAUUGAGCUGCAUGUUAUCUGUGUCCAGAUAGAUCCAACCCACAGCCAGGGCUGGGAAAUACCAGCUAUUCAGAAAGUUUUGCCCUCAUUUAUUUUCUGAGGGUUUUACAGCUAUAGCCUUUGCUGCCGUACCAUGUUCAGCGUCACAAAUGGAAACGAGAUCAGAGCAGGAUGCUUUGCUCGUGCAGCUUUCACUCCUGGAAAACCAGCUUCAAACAUGCAACAGGCCAUGAAAGGCAGCAAACUGUGGGGUCUCCCCUAAUCCAUUACAGAGCACGCUGCACACCAUAAAACCACCAGGGAGCUGGACAGGUUGCCUUGAAGUCAAGCACUGAACAGUCCUGUCUUGGAAAGCCCAGUUUGAGCACAUGGGGAGGCCAGAAGCAAAGCUUUUGAGAACCAUCUCAAUUUUCAGCAUGAGGCCAGGGUAGUUACCUAACAGGAAAUAUCAUCACUUUCAGCACUAAAUCCUAACUUUGCUUCAAGCAAUAACAACUUCAGAGGUUCAAUAGCAAGGCAGUCAUUAAAAUGAGAGGAUGUAAUAUAGCAAGGAACUUGGUAUCUGAUAGAUCUGAUUAGAAUAUUUCUCAUUUCUUGGCAAAAAUUUUAAAUAAAGCAAAAAACCCAACCCCACAGAGCUUUUACUACUUUUCCCAGCAGGAAAGUUUAACUAACCAUUUUGGCUUGGGGAAAUAAGCAUAUUUUUCAGAGUUCUGCCACGCUGAAUUUUUUUUUUAAUUAAAAGCUUGAUUUUACACCCUGACUUCCCAAAUAAAGAUCGUUUGCAGAUGUUGGGAGCAAUUGAGAGCUUUUAUAGUUAUGGAUGACUAACUUUAGAGAUCUCUGUUUCACUGUGCCACAUAGGUCUAUCUCCAUGUGAGAAGAGGAGGUAAGAAGGGAUCAAUUUAGCUUGGUUGAAUCCCAUUAAUCAGAAACUACCUUGUUCCUGCAGUGUGGAUGUCAAUUUUGUUUACAUAAAUCCAUUUCUCCAGAUUUUGUUACUGUAAAUCCAGAGAAAAUCUGUUGUAGACAGGGAAGAAAACAUAGCUUUAUAAUAAUGUAGACAACAUUAGAGUUGAUUCUAAUGCCUUUAUUUCUGCUCACUGAAAAUCAAGGGAGGUUCAUUCCUUAAGGGUUCAAAGAAAGCUAUUUGUCAUUUUACACUGUAAAUCCAGUAACAGGAACUGGUCUUUGACUCUUGACUUUAACAAGUAUUUUACAAGCAGCCAGCAAAAAUAUCUCAGAGUAAAUAUGCCUGUCAUCUCAAACACAUGAGAUGAGAAUGGAUUGUGGUGUGUCUGGUUAUUAGACCGACUGCCCCUUUCCCACCCCAGGAAAACAAUGAGCGGAAGUGUUACCCUCUGGAUCUGAUCCAGCUUCCACUAAGGUCAAUGGGGGGAAAAAAAAAAAAUCUCACCUUCUCUGGUGGAAUCUAGAUCAGGCCCCAAGUGAAGAAAACCUGCAGAUCUUGACCAGAGAGCAAAGCAAUCCCACACAUCAGUAACACGUUCCUAUAAAUCCUCUGUACGCAUAAGAUGAUGUAUAAUUUUGUAACGAGUUUGUAAACAAAGCCUGUAAUAAAUUUGUUAAGGUCUAAUUCUCUUUUCAUUGUAGCCAGGGAUGGUUUUAUUGUCGACUUUGGUCAUGGAACAAUGAAUUCGAAAUUCUUAGCCAA